UUUGAUGAUACGUUUUUGCUCCCAAUGAUUGAGUCUGUUUGCAAGCGAAUCCAGCAGCUGCACAAAAAAAUUCAAGCUUCUUUAGGGAACCACUCUCUGUACUACAUUCACACUGUCCUCCUGCGAGAAGAUGGACUAGAGAUCACUGGCAUGGGCCUCCUGGACGACCAACCAGUAGAGAUAUACAGGAACCAGACCUGGGUGCCAAAAACAGAAUGGAUGAAAAACAACAUGCCAUCUCAAUACUGGCAACGAGGAAUCUCGGAGAAACAAAAUCGCACAGUGCUUGACAUAAUGCAGGAUAGUUGUGCCUACAAGGACUCUGCAGCUAUAUGUGUCCUCCAAUGGAGAGUGGGCUGUGAGGCAGAACAGCUGGCUAAUGAUUCGUUGAUGUUGGUGAAGAAAGUGGAGGAGUACCACCUGAACGGAGAGGCAACUAAGGUCAUUAACGGCAGCAGCCAGUGGGGGGCAGCACCCUUCCAACCCUCCCCUCAAGCUGAAGAGAUUCUUACAGGCGCCAGAAACAUCAGCCACAACUUCAGUGAUUUCCUUCUGAAGGAAUGUGUGGAUCAGAUGAGAAAGUUCAUCAUAUACAACAACGACAGAGAACCCUCUGCUCCAAUGGUGACCGUUUUCCCACCAAAGAAGAAGAGUCGGUUCUGCUUCCUCCAAACCUGCAUGGCCACAGGGUUCUACCCCAGACACAUUGAGAUGAGCUUCCAUAUAAAUGGGGUCCCGGUUCCAGAUAAAGAUGGGGUCAGGUCCUCAGGAACCAUUCCUAACGGGGAUGGAACCUUCCAGUUGAGGAAGAGUCUGAAGAUAAUGGAGUGUCAUAUGCCCUUCGAUGUGCUCUAUGAAUGUGUGGUGGAACACACAGCUACAGGGACUGCAAAGACCCAAACGAUCAUGAAGCUGGAUGGAACAUGUGGGCUUGUGUUGAGGAUUAGAGGUGGGAUUGUCUUGGUUUCUCUCAUUCUGCUUUUGCUCUCCCAUGCUGUCUUUUCCUUCUGUAUGAAAAGGAAAACCAGCUGCAGUCCAGCCACUUAGAUCUGUUUCUUACUGAUGGCCAUUUCUGAGUCAAUGGUGUUGUCUGAUCAUAUUUGUAGAGAC